AUGGCGGACGGUGAACCCUCAUACAUAGACUACGAGGCCUUCCUAGACCCGGAAUUCUCACCCGCCUCGUUUGCCAAUUCCUUGGUUGUAGCCACCAACAAUGCAACAGACACACCGCUGGACCUUUCAACCCCGCUUUCACGGGUGUUAUUCGAUCUUCAGGAGAUCGACACCCACAUCCAUGCGCUGACCACUAAGUCUGCCCUCCCCCUACUGACGCACACGCGCGACCAGACCGCCGCAGCGGGCCGUAUCCUCAAAGAAGCCGAAGAGCAGAUCGCUUCGGUAACGCAGGGAUAUGAGCGGCUGGAAAGGGAAGUUCUCCGCAAAUGGGAAGCUGCCGAUGAGGCCAGGGUGGCUGCAGAGAAGUCGUUGGCUACUGUACGACUCGCACGAGCGGUUGCACGCUGCCUUUCUCUAGGCCGACAGCUGGAGAGCCAGCUUGCAGAGAUCGGGGGUCUUGAUGCCACAGCCCCUGCAAAGGAUGACUACCGGACGCUGGAACGGGCCGCCUCCACGAUUGUGAGUCUACGUCGAAUGUUCUCUGAGACGGCAGUAGGCGAGGAGGGCCAUGGACUAGACCGUGUCAAAGUCAUCCGAACACUGCGCAGUGAGCUUGUCAUUCCCGCCGAGAACAUGGUCAAGACGAGAGCACAGCAAGCCAUCGGUCGAUUCACCAUGUCGACCAUUGCAAGUGCAGGCUCUGGCUCCCAGUCACAAAUGAGUUACAAACAGGCGCGCGAUGCCAGAGCACGCCUCGUUUCUGCCGUCAACAUCUUGUAUCUGUUAUCGCCGGUCCCUAAGAAUGUCACCUCCGCAGCAAGCUUCCAGCCAGACUUGCUCCUCUCAACCCUGCAAGGAUACAUGCAAACGGCCAUUUCCUCGUCCCUGAGUAACCUCACUCGGGCGCUCACCAUGUUGCCCACUCUCGAGCGCACUCUCUCCGACCUGUCUGCACGCUGCCAGGAUGUCUUUGCCCUGGAAGCUAUUCUCAACAACCUGCGUCCACCCUCGCAUCCACUCUUCCCCCCAGCAGCACCUGCUGCAGCUGCAGCUGCUGGCACCCGCAACGGGGAACAGCCGGAACCACAGGUCCAAGCCAGUGGCAAGAAUAAUUUGCUGCAACCAUUGCUGAAUGCUCUUGACACGUCUUCCCUCCCAUCUUACUUCUGGCGAUCACUCGCAUCGUACCUCGCGGGUCGUGUGCAGGAAAUUAUCAACCGCGGCGGUGUCUCCGCCCGGACAUUGCGCUCCAAUCGGGACCGUAUCAAGAAGGAAGUCAAGGACUGCGUUCUGCGGGGCUCGCAGCUCCCCACGUCGAUUCUCGGGACUGAGAAGCGACUGGGGGUGGACUCGGGAUUGGAGAGGAGCUGGGAAAGGGAAGCAGCUGUUAUGCUACCAACUAAAUACAAUAACGCCAUAAUAUACCCUACCACAAACCAUCAAACACUUAUGUAUGCACAUCAAAGCAAGCAAACAAGCAAGCAAGAAAGAGUACAUACUUUUAGAAUGGAUUUGCUUUUUUGCCACUACAGUAAUGCGAGGAUUGUUGGUUGGUUGGCUGGGUUGAUGUAUGAUUCUACAGAUGAUAUCUAUGGCUGGAGAUAUAUAUUCUUCGGCGGAAAGGGAUUGAUCAAGGACGGAUGGAAGGAAAGCACCGUUUAG